UGUCAUCACUACGCGCAAGUAUCAGCUCUAAACAUGGCGUCAAGAUAAAAAAUAAGAAGAAGAGUGAUUGAUAAAAAAAAGAAAUUCUUUGCGGUCGCCGCAAAAGUGUUGAAUUAAUUGUUAAAAGUUAUGUUUAUUUAUGCCUUACCUUACAAAAUAACUAGUUUGUAAAACCAAUAACAAAAUGGACGUACAACCGCCAAGAGAUGCAAGUUUACGCAAUAUAAUAGAUAAAUUGGCCGAAUUUGUGGCACGCAAUGGACCCGAGUUUGAAGCAAUCACCAAACAAAAGCAACAAAACAAUCCAAAGUUUGAGUUUCUCUAUGGCGGCGAGUUUGCCACUUAUUAUCAAUUUCGUGUGGCAGCGGAGCAACAAAUGUUGAAGCAGCAAGCAGGCAUGCCUACGGGGAAUCCCCUUUAUAUGCAACAACCGCCGCCAAGUCACGUGCACUACGCGUCGCAGCAGCAGCAACAACAACAACAACAGCAUGACAAUGCAACGGAACAACAACAACAAUCUCAGCAUUUGUGGCCACCAAAUGCCAAUCCACCCGCACCUUCACCCGGCCUGUCGCCCGGUAUCCCAGGAGCAGCAGCAGCAGCUAAUGGAACAGCAUUAACCAUCAAUCUGAACAAUCAACUGGAUGCCAUCAAAAUGCAACAGAAUACUUUAAGGGAACAAAUUAAACAAUCGGAUGCAAAUCUUUCCGCACAACAUACGGCGCUGAUGACACAAAAGACAAAGCAAAUCGACGAUGCGAUGGCGGCGGCACAGACGACCCAACUGGAGCAGCUGGCAAAUGAACAGGGUAUCGUGUUGCGGGAAUUUGAUGCUGUACUCCAGCCGAUCAUCGAGUCCUGCACCAAGGAUAGCAUCUCAGCAGGCAAGAACUGGAUUUUACAGCAUUCAACCGACAGCGCAAAAAUCAAUGUCGUUUUACAAUAUCUUUUAAAGAAGGCUUUGGUCAAUGGUUCAACGUUUCAGCAAAAAUUGCAUCUUAUAUAUUUAGUUAAUGAUAUACUCCAUCAUUGUAUGCGAAAAAAUAUCAGCGAUUUGAAGAACAAUCUCGAGAACGUCGUUAUACCGAUGUUCUGCAGCGCCGAUUUGAUUGCCAACAAUGAUCAGCGACAGAAGCUAGCGAAGCUAUUAUCCCUGUGGGAGUCCAAGGCAAAGUUCUUUGAUGCCUGCGUCAUUUCGAAGCUGCAGUCGCCGGACUCCUCAAUGCAAGAGUAUAAAACAAAUGUGCAGAAUACGCAUCACGAGAUUGUGGCCAAAUACUCGCAGAGCACCAAAGCCACGCUGGACAACUACCAGAAGCAACAUCAGAUCUUUAUGCAACAUGCCACGCAACAAAUUGCCCAAUUGGAGCAGCAGAAGCUGCAGCUGGAGAAGCAACUGUUAGUCGCUCAAAAGGCGCAACAGGUGGCGCCUGGCACACCGCAGUCCAAGUCCAUACCGGCACUCAUGUCCCAGAGGAUUGCGAUGCCCGAUCACCGUGCAGAUCAGAAUCCGCCGCCGCCGUCAGCGCACGAUCCACAUGCGCCGGCAGUAAAUAAUAUGUAUGCCGGUUACCAGCAGCAACAGCAACAACAACAGCAGCAGCAACAAUUGCCGCAGCCGGGAAAUCAUUUUGUUGAUCCGCGUGGACCAAACUUCUUCAUUCCGGACAUGUCGAAGCCACCGCCAGGUUUUCCCGCACCACCCAUACAUGGUCAGGUGGCGCCACAGCAGCAGCAACAACAACCACCGACAACGCAGUAUCCACAGAUGCCUGGUCAGGUGCCUGGUGCGGAUGCAAUUGUGGAUAUGGGCGUGUUGAAUGCGGCAAUUCAGGCUGUGAUGCAUCUGCAGCAUCAGCAGCAACAUCAGCAGCAGCGACAUCCCGACGAACAGCAGCAGGCAAUGCCACAACAACAACACCAACAGCAGCAGCAAUUGCAACUGCAACAUCAACAGCAUCCACAACAUCCACAACAGCAACAGCUACAACAACCGCCUCCAUUUGCUCAACUGCCACUCAAUAAUUUGGUGCCAGGAAGUGUUGAAAAUGUCGAUUUGGGCGCCUUGAAUGCGGCUAUAAAUGUUGUGCUGCAACAGCGACCGGAUGAAGUGCAUCCGGGUGAGCAGUCACAACAGCUGGAGGAUAAUAAACGUCGAGAUUUGGAUGCUGCCGAGCUGUCCGCCUAUAAUCGUAAUGAUUUUGAUGCUAAUGAAUCGAUGUCCAUGUCGAUGCCGUCCCAGGAACCGCAAGUGCCGACAGCGCCAUAUUAUGAUUUGCCCGCUGGUCUCAUUGUGCCGCUCAUCCGAUUGGAGGAUUACAACUAUAAAGCGCUGGAUUCCUCGGAUAUACGAUUGCCAGCGCCGGCGCCGCAAAGUGAUCGCUUGACAAAUGCAUUGAAUGCCUUCUAUGCGGCGCCUUCACACGAUCGUCCCAGGGAUAAUGAGGGCUGGGAAAAAUUAGGACUCUAUGAGUACUACAAGGUGAAGAAUGCGGCGCGCAAGCAAAAGGAGGAGGAGAUCAAGAAUGGCACACGCCAGAAAUCCAGAUCACCCAGUCCCAUUGUGCUGGAGAAGAUCAAGAAGAGCAACAAGCGCUGUUAUCGUUCCAAGAGUCGCAGUCGUUCUCGUUCACGUUCCCGCACGCCCGUCAAUCGCCAGAGAUCCCGCUCACGUUCCAAGUCGCGCUCGGUGGAACGCGUUCUCACGCCGCCGCCACAACGUAGUCGAGGAGGAGGCGCAGUAGGAGCAGGAGCAGGAGUGGGACUAGGAUUAGGAGGAGGUGGAGGAGGAACACCAGGUGGCAGCAAUCGUAAAAUUCGCAAUCGUUCGCCGCGUCACGAACGUGACAUGAACAACAGUCGAGGAGAGAAUCGUGUGGAUCGCAAUAACAGCAACAACAACAACAGUAGCAGCAAUAGCAACAACGGCAACAACGUGAACAAUUCCAGACGCGUGGAACGCGACAGAUCGCCCACGCCACCCAGUUUCUUUGGCAGCAGCUUUGCCAAGCCGCAGGAAUUUAUAGAGGAGACCAACAAGGGACACCAGAUGCUCAUGAAAAUGGGCUGGGCGGGCACAGGCACCGGUCUGGGCUCGAAGAAUCAGGGCAUUGACACGCCUAUCUCGGGGGGCGAGGUGCGCGAUCGUAAGGAUAUGUAUAAGGGCGUGGGCAACAAUCUGAACGAUCCCUUCGAGAGAUUUCGCAAGAAUAAAGGCGCCGCCUUUGCACAUCGCAUGAGCACAAGAGAUUACAAAACUUAAGAUCCUGUUUACGCUUCCGUUCCUGCUUCCGUAAUUGAUGUUGUCGCAUUUCAACUGUUUUUUUUUUUCCUUCUUUUAGCAAAGAGAAUACAAUUUUUAUAAAGCAA